AUGGUUAGCGGUUUAUGGGAAAGCAAUGCGGACAACCCACACAACAGAGACCACGCAAACAAAUGGUGGUAUAAUCCUUCUUCAGUGACUGUGGACUGGAUGGGUGGCGAGGUAGCCGCGGGCCAAGCUUUCGCAGUUCCGGCAGCAGGCGUCGGAGUAAACAAUGCAUAUGAAGGGUUGCACUUCCCAUCUGUUGGAACAUUCUUGGGAAUUCCUGACGAUUACGACUACUAG